UUUAUUUGGCGCUUACAAGAUGGCUGCGCCCAGGGAAGUGACCCCGAUUAUUCGUUGGAUUCGUCAUGUCUGCCUCGGAAGGUACAAUUUGAAGAAUCCUCUGAGGUUUAAGGGUGAACAGUCAGUGAGGGACCCACCCUUGCCUGUGUUACCACAAGGAGUAUCUCAUAAACUCAAUACAAACUAUUAUUACUCUCGAGAUGGAAGAGGAGAAUCCACACGUCCUACUUUGGCAUAUGAAGGUCUGAAACAGAAAGCUAUACCAUCUGGAGAGACUAGUGCCGAAACGAGUGUUGCUACAAAAGAGAGUCGUCCAAGAAUACCAGGAUUUGGCUACAACCCUGACACAGAUUCAGCAGCAUACAGCAAGGCCACACUAUAAAAUAUAUCUUAAUGUAUGCAUAUAUAGUAUAAGGACAUUAACUGUAGAGUUUCAAAGUUAGAAAAUGUUUUUUUCUGUUUUAUGUACGCGGACAGAUCCUUUAAUCAACACUGCCAAUUUUUUCCAUAGAAAUAGUUUUAACUGAUUGGAUAAUGAAGAAGUGAUUAUCAUUCUAUAUUAUAGUGUAUUUAUUGCAACUAAUUGUCAUAGAAAUUAUGAAAUAGUUGCAUUUGUAAAUAAAUUGUUUGUUGUUACAAUACAUAUAUAUAGACUUGAAUUUGUUUGUUAAACAGCUUUUAGCUGAAAUUCUUAUCCUGAAUAUCCCUUUUAUUUUGGAAAGAAUAAGUAUGUCUUAGUCAAGUCGUUUUAUAUUUUAGUGUUAUAAGAAGAGCUGUUAUUGGCCCUUUAAGAAAGUAAAAGUUGAGU